AAAAAAUGGGCACGCUUGAGGACAACUCCACAUCAGGAAGCAAUCUUCAUACUGGCGUCGCCAAAGGUGGGGGAAAAGGUGGAGGCAAAGGAGAACAUGACAGAGGAGCAGGAAGUGAUGCGGUGCACAGCGUUUGGGAAGGCCUUGUACGAUCUGACCCACUCAGAGAGGGUAAUGAAUGAUCUGACAUUUGGACGGAGAGUGGGGCUUUAUGAGCUGAGAGGGCACAUUGGCUCCGGCAACUUCUCCCAGGUUAAACUGGGGAUACACGACCUGACCAAAGAAAGAGUAGCGGUAAAAAUCCUGGACAAGGUGCGUCUGGACAAGCAUUCGCAAGUGCUUUUUGCCUCAGAGAUCUCUUGCAUGGAGAAGCUGGCCCACCCCAACAUAGUGCGCCUGUAUGAGGUGGUGGAGACGUUCAAGCGGCUGUACCUAAUGAUGGAGUAUGCCGGUGGAGGAGAGCUGUUCUCCCGUAUCAGCACCAGGGGGCGCAUGUCAGACCCGGAGUGCAAGCUUGUGUUUUCACAAGUCCUCUCUGCAGUCAAACAUAUGCAUGAUAAUAAUAUUGUCCACAGGGACCUGAAGGCUGAGAAUAUCUUCUACACAAGCACUUACUGCAUUAAGGUUGGUGACUUUGGUUUUAGCACAUCUUGCUGCCCUGGUGAUGUCCUUCAUACGUUCUGUGGCUCUCCACCUUAUGCAGCCCCGGAGCUGUUCAAAGAGAAGGGCUACAUUGGUCAGCAUGCAGAUUUCUGGGCACUGGGCAUUUUGCUUUACUUUAUGGUGACUGCCACUAUGCCAUUCAAAGCCACCAACACAGGCAGGCUUAGGUGUUGCAUCCUGCAGGGCUCUUAUACCAUUCCCUCCUAUGUACCUGAGUCAUGCCAGGUGAUCAUUAAAGGCCUCUUAAGGCCAGUGCCUGUUGAUCGCCUCACUGCUGCACAGAUCAUAGCCAGCAGCUGGAUGACAGGCAUUGAGUAUCCCCAGGCCUACCCCUCUUGUAGCCCAACACCCUCACAUCUGGCUGAGCCCACCUACAUCCUAAGCUCAGAUGAACUAAAUGUGAAGGCCGCACUGGAGGAUCUUGGCAUCACUAAGGUCCAUCUCCUCAACAACAGCCAGAAACUGAGAAGCCCAGUUACUGGGACGUACAGGAUUUUGCUACAUCGCAUUCAAAAGAGAAGGUCUGUGGAAGCUCUGGGCUACAGCCAGGCGUGCAACAGAGAGUCACAGAACAGGCUCCGAUGGAGAGGAGGUUCAGGCGGCCUGCUAAACACACCCCACUCUGUUGUCUGUGUCAUCAUGUAGGUUGGUUUCUCAAAGAAAUAGUUCAGCAUUUUGGGAAAUAUGUUUAUUUGACUUCUGUCCAUAAGUCUCAUGAGAAGAAUUGAUGCCAAUCUUACUUCUCUGUGGAGCUGGAGCCAAGAGGUGGUUAGCGUAGCUUAGCAUAACGACUAGAAUCAUAGGGAAGCAACCACCUUGGCAUUGUCCAAUGGUAAAAUAAAUAAAUGUACCAGCACCUCCAAAGCUUAAAGCUCUCCGAAGACACAUCUGACGGCGUCUGAACAUGUCGGCUUCAUGUCUGAAUGAACAUUCACGGUCACUUUUCCAUAAAAGUCGUGACAGCAGUCUCACUUUGCCUCACUUUUCAGCACAGCACAAUGAUGUCUCAGUUUUCUUAUUGACCUUCUAUUCAAAGGGGGAUGUGGACUUUAUAUCAG